UCUACCGGAUCAGCGGCUCCAAGGCGCGCGUGGAGAAGCUGUGCCAGGCGCUGGAGAGCGGCGGGGACCUGGUGGAGCUCUCUGAGCACUCCCCCCACGACAUCACCGGCGUCCUGAAGCAUUUCCUGAAGGAACUUUCGGCGCCGGUGCUGCCGCCCUGGCUCUACGACCCUCUCAUGGCCCUCGCCAAGGACCUGCAGAGGCCCGGGGAGGAGAAGCCAGACCGAGGGGGGUCCCAUCCUGACCCCGUGCAGAGCAUGAGGGAUCUGCUGAGCACCUUGCCUGGGAGCAACUACAACACCCUGCGGCACCUCAUCGCGCACCUGUACAGGGUGGCGGAGAAGUACGAAGAGAACAAGAUGUCCCCCAACAACCUGGGCAUCGUUUUUGGGCCGACCCUCCUCCGGCCGGGCGCGGGCGGCGACGUCUCCAUGGCUUGUCUCCUCCACUCUGGGUAUCAAGCCCAGCUCGUGGAGUUCCUCAUCCAGAACUACGAGAGGGUCUUUGGGAUGGACGAGCUGCCUUCCUCCUCCUCCCCGGGGUGUGAGAACCCUGCCCGAGAAGCGGAGGCAGAAGAGGGGGAAGGACUUCAGAGCCCAAAGGCAGCCCAGGCUACUCUAGAGAGCUCCUCCUCCAGGCAGAGUUUCAGUGCAGACCGUGCCUCUGAAAACUCCUCUCCCAGAGAUGCCACCACGGAGCUGAGUCCGGAGGGACCCCCCAGCCCGUCCCGCGGGGAUGCUCCAGAGGUGACCACGAGCUCGGAGCUGGAGGACCCUGUGCAGGAGAGGAUGGAUGGUGACCCAGAGGCAGUGCCAGGGACUCAGCCCAGGUGCCACUUCAGCCGACAGCCCGUGAAAUACAUCCGCACGCAGGCAAAACCCAAACCAGUCCCCCCCAGAUCUCCCAGGCUGCCCUUGAGGGCUACCACCUCAGCUGAUGUGGCAACAGAGCUGGGUAGAGAAGGCAACCCUACCCACAGCAGCUCCACGACCAGGGAGCUCCUGGAGGAGAGUGCCCGGAGCGGGAGCAGCUCGGCCGACCCGGGCGCGCCCAGGCAGCGCCCAGCAGGGAGACAGCAGCUCAGCCACUUUGAGAUGACGCAGGAAACUGCCAGGAUCAUCUCAAAGAUUAAAGCUGAGGACACUUCCACGUCCCCUGAGUCUUCUCUGGAGGGUGUGGGGGCUGCUGAGAAAGCAGAGGCGGGGACGUACCUCUAG